UUCCCCCUUUCUCUGUCUCUCUUCGCGUUUGAGAAUGGGAGGAGGAGGACAUACACAAUACAAAAAAAAGAGAGAGACAUGGCGAACAUGAUAAUGAAAAAGAUGUGGAGGAAAUUUUCUAUGCGCGCGCGGAGAAAAGAAGUCUCACACAAGAAUUGUAUCAAUUUAGCAUUCGGAGAGGAGAGAAGAUAAUUUCCACCAGGAGAAACAACAACCUUCAUCAAUCGUGUGUAUGUUCCAAUCCCAUAUAUAUGUACCUCUAAUAUUGGAGAGGAGAUCCCCAUAUUAUAUAUCUAUCUACCUACCUAUAUUACAUAUAUAUGACUUGUAUUAUAUAUCACACAAAAGUUGAUUCUUACAUACAUAUAUAUGUAUGAAGAGAGUGUAUUUCCAACAAAACUUACGUCGGUCAUUGAACUUGUUAUGCUUCUUCCUCAUAGUGGCAUCCCAUUCUACCGCAUACUUGGCCCAAUGGUCUUCCAUCGCGCUAGCUCAUUGCAACAGUGGCCAUGGCAUUGACAUCUACCUGGUUGGGGAUCUUCAGGCAUUCCCGAUUUGCCAAGAUUCUCACUUAAAGUUCGCUCUCUCCCACGAAAGUGAUCGCCGUGACGAGGAGUUACACAUUUUCUUCGCUGUGAUGCUCAAUCAUUCCCCAUUCCACCAGAGGAUCAUCCACUCUGGAGUGUCCGCAAAUCAAUUUUCGCCCCAAAAAAAUAAAGAAUCUCAAACAUACAAAAGUGUCUCCUCCAAGUGUUCAGAAUUAAGUGAAGAAAUUUGUGUCUUAUAAAUCAUCAAAGAUUUUUCGUGAAUUUGGCAAAGAGAAAAUUAUUAAUUUCUGUGAAAGCUGUGUUGUUGUGGUUUCUGUGAGUGAUCUUCGUGGGAGAUUUGCAACUGAUCAUUACUGGAUUUUUUUUCUUCAUUCAUCUCCUCUCCAAGACAACAGUGCUAAAAAUGCGAUAAUUCACUGCGAUCAUCAUGCCACAAUAGAACGAACGAUGGAUGUUUUUAAAAUAAAAUCCUCAAAUGGAGGAUUCGAUGGUACUCUUGUGGACAUCCUCGAGACGGAGGAUGUCCCAGAGAUUAGUUUUGAUGCAAAUUCCGUGUUGAAUCUCGAAUUUUUCGAUUCAACGGACUUCUCGGAGGGAUGUGCAACAAGUACAUUAGCAACCACCUCUGCGGAUGCUGAUCCCUCUGAUGCAUUCACUGGGACAACAUUUGGGAGUCCGGAUUCUGUUGAAUCGGCUUCCGUGGAAUCCCCACCGACCAUUGGAAAAUGUCCACCACCCACCGCUGAUGAUUCUUCUUUUGUUGUACGAAAUGAUCCACCCAUUGCCACGGGAUCCGGAAAGAAAGAUUGUGGAGGAUUCUUCGUGGCAGAUUCCUCAAAAGAUGCAGUUGUCAAGUCUUUCAUUCCCUGCAAAAUAUGCGGCGAUAAGGCAUCAGGAUACCACUACGGGGUAACUUCCUGCGAAGGGUGCAAAGGCUUCUUCCGGAGGAGUAUUCAGAAGCAAAUUGAGUAUCGUUGCCUACGAGAUGGGAAGUGUUUGGUGAUUCGCCUCAAUCGGAAUCGUUGUCAAUUCUGUCGCUUCAAGAAGUGCCUUUCCGUUGGAAUGAGUCGUGAUUCUGUGCGAUAUGGAAGAGUCCCGAAGAAGCCACGAGAUUCCCCAAGAUUAUCCUCCGAAGGCUCUUCCACUGUAUCGAGCAGUUCAUCAGGAGGGCCUCUUCAUAUGGUGGAAUCAACCGUUGUUGCUUCAUCUUCGCAGCUAGCAAGCAUCGUGACGGACAUUGAGGGUUCAAAUAGUGAUGAAUUAUCCGUGCAGGAUAUUAUUAAUCUUGUUUCGCACGCACAUAGUGCCUUCUGUACAUACACCGAUGAUUUACUAAAGAGUCUCAACAGGAAGCCCGUUGCAUCGCUCUUUCAGCGUGGCAAGGAAGAUUUCCAGGUCAAGGAUCCAUUGGAGAAGCAUCGGAUUUGGCUGUGGCAGCAAUAUGCAAACCGAGUGACCCCAUCUGUUCAGCAAGUUGUGGAAUUUGCCAAACGUAUCCCGGAAUUUUGUGAUUUUACGCAAGACGAUCAAUUGAUCCUCAUCAAAUUGGGCUUCUUCGAAGUUUGGCUCAAUCACAUUGCCAAAACCACCACGGAGUCCACAAUGACCUUCGAUGAUGGCUACUACUUCACAAAGCAGCAACUCGAGAUUAUGUAUGAUCUCGACUAUGCAAAUUCCUUUUUUACAUUCUCAAAUGUCCUCAAUAACUACUUGCUGAGUGAUCAGGAGAUUGGUCUCUUCUCAGCACUCAUCCUCCUUGCAGUCGAUCGCCCAGGAAUUGUGGAACCCCGUGCCAUUUCCCGGACUCGUGAUCGUCUCUCGGAAGCCCUAAGGAUGCAAAUAAUGCAAUCACGCCCCGAUGAGGCAGCAUCCAUGAAGCUAAUUGUGGAGUUGAAUGACAAAAUUGGGGAACUUCGAACGUUGAGUGCCAAACACUGUGUUCAUCUGAAUUGGAUUAAGACUAAUUGGUCCAUCAUGAGGCUUCCACCACUUUUUGCUGAAAUCUUUGAUAUACCCAAAUGCGAAGAAGACUUACAGUAGCACCCAAUACGCAUAUUUACAUUACAUAGCUAUGCCAAUUAGUACUCUUUUUUUAUUUAGUGAAUUUGUAGGAUUUUUUUAAACUAAAUUUUUUUAUCACGCUAUUUUAGCGAUGAUCUGCCCAACGGUUUUUUAUAUACAUAUUAUACAUUUUAUAUACAUAUAUAAAAAUAUAUUUUAGAGACUUGUGUAGAAUAUUUUGUUAUCUGCCAUACAUAUUUUUUAUCAAGAUUAUAUUAUUAUUUUAUUUAAUAAAAAUUACAUAUUCCA